GCUGUAAGUCAUCGAACCACCAGCCAACAAAUCAACACAAUCUACAAUGUUAAAGCUGCUGCUAUCUCUGCUCUCUUUGAGCGCCUUGGCCGCUGCUCGUCCUGGAUUUCUGCACGGUCAUCAUCAUCAUUAUCCGGAAUUUUAUCCCCAUCACCAUCACCACGUAGAGCCGAUACAUGUAGCGAAAAUUGUCCAUUUACCAGCUGCCGUUUCCCAUCAGAGCUCCACAGUGGUGCACAGUAUACCCCAUAUAAUCAAGCCCGUAGUUCUCCCCACUGUGGUCAAAACUGUGGUCCAUCCACCCAUUAUUAAGGCCUAUCACCCAUCGCCGAUAAUUAAAGCCUAUGAUCCCUAUGAUCCUUUCCAUUUCCAUCACCAUCAUGAUUUUCAUGACUAUCAUUUGCAUUAAAAACUUGUACAACUUAUAAUGAUGAACGAUGACAACGAAUGAUGUACGACUAUAUUGUCGUAUGCAAGUAUGUAUGUUUGUGUGUCAGGUGAUGAUAAAUAUUACGAAACUGUUGU